AACCACCGAAUCCUGCACAUAAUUUGGUCCUUCGAGCCGGAUACUGCAAGAGAAGUCAGCUCGUCAGGAAGACGAAAUACCCUUGCGAGAUGACACCAGCACCUCAGCAGCGUCUGCAGCAGUGAACGGUCAGGUCUACCAAUCCCGUCUAUUCCUUUCCUAGUCGAAUUGUGUUAAAACCGAGUUUUUUUGUGCAUUCCAGUGCCGCUCGUUACGCAAGUCACGCAGCAGCAGUUUGUGAUCUACCGUACCCGUUUGGAAUUUAUGCACGUGAGUAGUUCCAAUUUCUCUUAAUCUUUCAAAAUGGGUGAGGGGGAUGAAGCUGGUGCUAAAUUGACUAUUCCUUCUGGAUCAGGGUCACCUAGAAAAAGUCAGGCAACAAUUUCAGAGCUCCGCAAACAAAGGGGUAACUUGAAAGGCCGGCUUACGCAAUUCAAAAAAUUCGUUGAUUCUCUUUUAUCGGUGACUCCUUCCAAAGUACAAAUUGCAGAAUUAAAAUUACGCAUGCAAGCAUCUACAGAGACUUUUAAAAAUUUUAAUGACAUUGAAAGCCAAAUUGAACUUUGCUCUCCAGGAACAGAAAUGUCUGCCAAUUCCGAAUACGUAGAAACUCUUGAGGACUUAUAUUUCGGUACUAUGGCUAGUGCUAAUUGUUUAAUCGAUGGUGUGGAGACAAAUAACGUUAAUAUCUCAAGUUGUGAUCAUGCCGUGAACAAACCGUUUUCAAAAUUUAAACUACCCGAAAUUAAAUUGCCCUCAUUUGAUGGUUCGUAUGAUCGUUGGCUCGAAUUUAAACAUUCUUAUGAAACCAUGAUCCAUAAACAUUCCGAUCUCGACGCGAUUCAAAAGUUUCAUUACCUUCGAUCAUCACUAAGUGGUAGUGCAUUACAAGUAAUUAGUGCGUUAGAAUUCACGGCUGCCAACUACAUUCAAGCAUGGGAAUUGCUUGAAAUUCGCUUUCAUAACCCUAGGCUUUUAGUACAUAAUCACAUAAAAUCCUUGUUCAAUAUUUCAGCCUUGAAACAAGAAUCUUCGACUCAAAUACGUAGACUGAUAGACACCGUGUUACGUAAUUUACGCGCUUUAAAAACGUUAGAGGAACCUACCGACUCGUGGGAUACGUUAAUUAUUCAUUUAAUUGUGUCAAAACUCGAUACGACCACGGAGCGUAAGUGGGAAUCUCACAUAGGGUCUAUCUCGGAUAAGUCAAUCAAUAAUGAGUCUAAGAAAGUUAAGCUGGAAGAUCUCUUAUCGUUUCUCAGAAACCGGGCGGAUACGUUAGAAAUGAUAAACUCUAAUCAUUCCAAGGCACCGACCGCGGUUAGUACUAAGCCUAAUUACACGUCAAAUAAACCUACGCAAGUAGUUAGCUGUGUCUCUGCUAGUGUUAAUGCUAAUAAAUCGAAGCCUUUCAAUAAUAAACGUUUCCGAAACUGCGCGAUGUGUAACGAGAAUCAUGCACUUUAUACGUGUGCUAAGUUUUUAAAUUUAUCUGUCCAAGAUAGGUUAAACUUAAUUCAAAAUAAAAACCUGUGUAAUAACUGUUUACGCGAAGGGCAUUCCUUAAAUGAAUGUAUAUUCGGUCCGUGUAAACAGUGUCAACAAAAACAUAAUAGUUUAUUGCAUAUGGAUAAUACUCGCAAUGAUAGUGUGCCGUCGAGUGCGCCUGCACACAGCGCGCCGUUAUCAGUGCCGAGUACAUCUAGCUGCUUUGUAUCCGCUGACCGCGCGCCUAUAGCCGAGUGCGAAGGUGGCGCGGAAAGUACCCGGUUCGUUCCCAGGCGAGGCUUACUUCCUACUGCGUUAAUUGAAGUAGCCGAUGCGAACAAUCAAUUCCAUACGUGUCGUGCGUUUUUAGACAAUGGGAGUGAACAUUGCUUUAUAACGGAAGAGUUACGUAAUCGAUUAAACGUUAAAAAUUUACAGUCCACUAUUCAGAUCUCGGGUGUAGCAGAAAUAGUUACACAGACAAAUCAGUCAUGCGAUGUAACUAUACGAUCUAAACAAUCAGAUUAUUCUAUGUCAAUAACGUGCUUUGUCUUGCCGCGCAUAACGUCCAGUUUGCCCUCGACUCACAUAGACUUAGAUAGUAUACGUAUUCCUGAUAACAUUCAGUUAGCAGAUCCCGAUUUUAACGUGCCUUCUGAAAUCGAUAUACUUAUCGGUUCAGAAAUAUUUUGGGACCUUUUAGACGGUGAAAAGAUUCGAUUACCAACAGGGCCGUACUUAAUAAAUUCGAAAUUAGGCUGGUUGGUAUCUGGUCCAAUUAAUACACGGAACUUGCGCAUUAAUAAUCAAGUCCAUUGUUAUUUUACUCAAUCGAUUGACUCUCAACUUAGAAAGUUUUGGGAGAUCGAGGAUAUCCCUCAGGUAGAUAGUAUUCUUACAGCUGACGAGCAGAAAUGUGAGGAUAUUUUUACCGAUACGACUAAACGUGAAGAGGACGGUCGGUUCUCCGUCCGAAUGCCGCUAAGAGAAUCAGCUGAUACGUUGGGCGAUUCUUAUACGUUAGCGAAAAAUCGAUUUUUAUCCUUAGAACGUAAAUUAGAGCGUUUGCCGGAAUAUAAACGUUUAUAUUGUGAUUUCAUGCGGGAAUACGAAAAGAUGGGUCACAUGACUCGUGUUACCGACUAUGGUACUCCGAAUUACUUCCAUCCUCAUCAUGGAAUAUUUAGGGAGGGGAGCACCACCACUAAAUUGCGCGUUGUAUAUAGUGGCGCUGCUCCCACCACCACGAAUAAAUCGUUGAAUAGCAUUCAGCUGCCGGGUCCAGCACUUCAAAACGAUAUAUUUGCUAUUUUGCUACGUUUCCGUCAAUACAAGUACGUUGCUUGUGCUGAUGUGGAGAAAAUGUUUCGGCAGGUUUUGAUCCAACCAGAUCAGAGAUCCUUGCAAAUGAUCCUCUGGCGUGAAAACCCUACUGAUCCAUUACACGUUUAUGAACUCAAUACGGUUACAUAUGGGCAAACUAGUGCGCCAUAUUUAAGUCAACGUUGUAUACGACAGUUAGCGUUGGAGUGUGGUGAUGACGUCAUCGCGCGCGUUAUCAACCAAGAUAUAUUCGUAGACGAUUUAAUUACGGGAGAUGAUAAUUUCCAAAACUUACUUGACAUAUGUCAAAAAACGUAUGACGUUUUGCAAUCAGGAUGCUUUCCUUUACGUAAAUGGACCUUUAAUUGUGACGUUACACAAGAAGAGUCCAAGGAACAUUUUGUUGGUGAGCACACCCAGAACAAAACGCUCGGAGUAGGUUGGGACAAUAAACGCGAUGAAUUGUAUUACACUACAAAAAUCGAUCCUUUGCCUAAUUCGUCGUACUUAAAUAAACGAAUGAUGUUAUCGAUUAUUUCACAGAUUUACGAUCCGUUAGGUCUUCUUUCUCCUGCGGUGAUAAUUUCCAAAAUUUUGCUUCAAAAAUUAUGGUUAAGUCGUAUCGAUUGGGACACUCCGGUUCCAGAAGACAUUAAAUCGAUGUGGAAUAAUUUCAUAAAUACAUUAAGCCGUUUAAACGAUUUACGGAUUCCGCGUCAUGUAAGGGGUGUACACACUGGACAUACGGAAUUGCAUAUUUUUUCUGAUGCAUCGUUGCAUGCUUACGGCGCGUGCGCUUAUAUUCGGACAUAUGAUGAAGGGUCAGAUGUAACUGUCAGACUAUUGUGUGCUAAAAGUAAAGUCUCACCCCUGAAGUCUCUGACUAUCCCGAAACUUGAACUUUCAGGCGCACUCGUUGCUGCUAAGCUUUAUAAGAAAAUAACUGAUUCCUUAAGGUUAGUGUUUAAUAAAGUUUACUUCUGGUGUGACUCGACUAUAGUAAUUUCGUGGCUAGGUAUGUCUCCGCAUCUAUUGAAGCCUUUCGUUCAAAAUCGGGUUACACAAAUAAACGAACUUACCGGUAAUGCUACAUGGUUUCAUGUGAGAAGCGAAGACAACCCUAGUGAUUUAUUGUUUAGAGGCGUUACUUUAGAUAAUUUAAUUGAUUGUAAUUUAUGGUGGUUCGGACCAUCAUUCUUGCAUGACCCGAAAUCGGAUUUUAUUAGUGACAAUACGAGUAAAAUUACGGCAAUCGAAGAUUUACCCGAGUUACGAUCGACCGCGGUAAGUUUAGUUUGCAAUCAGCAAGAUGAACUAUUUAAUUUCGAUAGAUGUUCAUCUUACAUUAAAUUAAUUAGGAUCGGCGCGUAUGUACUCCGCUUUAUAUUAAACUCACGCACUAACUCUGAGCGUAAACAACUCCGCCAAACCGGUUCAUUAUCGGUGGACGAGUUGGAUGCAUCACGUCGUAUGCUAGUUAGAUUCGCACAAAUGCAAUCAUUUCCGGACGUCUACGAUAGUUUACUUAAAAAUAAACCGAUUAAGACGAAUUGUAAACAAUAUAAUCGUAUAUCCGGUCUUAACGUGUUUUUAGACGAUCGUAAUAAGUUUAAAGUGAUUAGAGUCGGUGGUAGAUUGUGUAAUUCUACAAGUUUCGAUUACAACAAAAAACAUCCCGUGUUAUUGUGCAGUAAACAUAAGUUAACGGUGUUGUUAUUCAAAGAUGAACACAAGCGGCUGCUACAUGCCGGACCGCAGCUACUCUUAUCUACUUUGCGUGAAUGUUGGUGGCCUUUAGGUGCGCGAAAUUUGGCAAGGAAAAUAGUGCGAGAAUGCGUUACCUGUAUUCGAAUGAAAGGUAAAGUACUUAGUCCUAUCAUGGGUAAUGUUAUUUUGGAUCGUUUAGAGCCUGGUUUCCCGUUCAUUCGUACAGCCGUUGAUUACGGCGGGCCAAUUUUCAUACUUAAUCGAAAGGGGAGAGGAGCUCAGCUUAUUAAAUCGUAUAUUUGUUUGUUCAUAUGUAUGGUCACACGAGCCAUUCAUUUGGAACUUGUUACGAGUCUCUCCACUGAUGAUUAUUUAUUAGCGCUUAAACGUUUUAUUAGUAGACGAGGAAAGCCUCAUAUAAUUUAUUCAGAUAAUGGAAAAUGUUUUGUUGGAGCCGAAAAGGAAUUUCCCACAUUUCUAAAAAAUAGUUCGAAGGAAAUAGUCGAUUUUGCUGCCAAUGAUGGCAUUAAAUUCAGUUUCAUUCCUCCUUAUUCUCCCCAUUUUGGCGGAUUGUGGGAGGCUGGAAUAAAAGCGUGCAAAUUUCAUUUAAAACGGGUAGUAGGUAAUGCUAGGUUAACUUACCAGGAAUUCAGCUCGGUUUUGACACAGGCCGAAGCCAUCCUGAAUUCCCGGCCCAUGUCACCUAUGUCCACAGAUCCUACUGAUCUAUCCCCGCUCACGCCUGCCCACUUCCUAAUUGGUCGGCCGUUGACCUGCCCUGCGAGCGAGGACCUUACGGAUGUGCAGCCUUCCCGCCUGUCUCGCUACGCCAGGAUCGAAGCCCUACGUCAACACUUCUGGCGUCGUUGGGCCAAGGAGUACGUUGCAGAGCUCCAGCGACGAACCAAAUGGAAGACAAAGAAGGACGACAUAUCGUUAAACAGUCUCGUUUUAAUCAAAGACGAUAACCUGCCUCCUCUCAAUUGGCGGCUAGGCCGAGUCACGCGCCUAUACCCUGGGAGCGAUGGCGUAAACCGUGUCGCCGACAUCCUCACGGCGACAGGAACAAUUCGACGCAGCUUUUCAAAGAUCUGCCCGCUACUACCAGAGCCGGCAGACCACGACGUAUGAUGACUACUUUGGGAGUUGGUGCUCCCAAGGCCGGGGGCAUGUUCGCGCAUCUAGUACUACUAGUGACAUCUAGCGGCACUGCGGCGACAAUUCCUGUACCGCCCCUCUCCGCGCUCAUCUUUCUGGAUUCAUUCGACUCCAUAUACGGCACGAUAAACACCUUGUUCGUUACAUGUAAUAUUUAAGCGUAUAUAAAGCCAUUUAUAGAAAUAAACUAAA